AUGUCCAAGAUCUUCUCACGACUCACGGCGUCUACGCAAGGCGGCCGGUCGUUCUACGAGCAGCUUCGAUCCUACGACGACGAGCCAGACUAUGAUAUUGAGGCAGGACCUGCCCGCGGAGACUCCAGCCGACUCUUCGACAGCAUCCCUGCACCCACGCUUGCCGCCGCACGACGCAACAAUGCCCACAGCGUGGUAUCGCCAGGAGCGAGCAGCCGAGGCCCUCCGAUGAGGUGGCCACAACACGAUGACGACGGUGACGAAGACGUGCCCGCUUCGCUGCUCGUCGAGUCCAACAAGGCCAUGGCGAAUCCAGCCCUCGAUCAGACAGAAGCACAACAUUACCGCAGCCCAGAGCCCUCAUCAGGCCACGGCCGAGCUCAGUGGCGACCACCCACCGAGGAAGCCAGACACGAGAUCCCCAAACCAAGCGCACAACCAACGACGACGGCACCACCGCCACCACCAUCUUUCGGAUCUCUCGUGAACGCGGGGCCGUCAUUCGACCGCAAGAAUGCAGCUCUGUGGAGAUGGGCGAACAUUACAAAUCUCGAUAGCUUCAUGAGAGAUGUCUACAAUUACUAUGAGGGCGAUGGAAUGUGGGCUAUCAUGUGUUCAAAUGCCUUGAGACUAUUAGAAACUUUAUUCGUCGCUGUCCUGCUCACAUUUCUGACGCAAUGUGUCGAUUACAGCAAGGUGCCGCACAGUCAGUCGUUGAAGCAGGUCGUCGUACCUCAGUGCACCCAGAAGAUGUCUGGCCUAUGGAAUUUUGGCAUCUGGCUUUACUCAUUCUUCUUCAUAUGGAAAUCCGUGCAGUACUUCUUCGAAAUUCGCCGUCUACUUCAUAUCCGCGAAUUCUUCGUUGUCCUUCUUGAUAUUCCGGAACAGGACAUGCAGACGAUAUCCUGGCAAGACGUUGUUGGUCGAAUUAUGGCUUUACGAGAUCAGAAUCCUAGGACAGCGGCUAAUAUGCCACAAAACAUACGACGCUUCAUUGGUAGCCAGUCUAAGGAGCGCCUCGAUGCUCACGACAUCGCCAAUCGACUGAUGCGCAAGGAGAACUACCUCAUCGCCAUGAUCAACAAAGAUAUACUAAACUUGUCGCUUCCGUUCCCGUUUUUGCGAGGUCGUCAGAUGUUUUCAAAGACCAUGGAGUGGUAUCUCCACUACUGCAUCCUUGAUAUGGCAUUCAACGAACUGGGUCAAGUACAGCAAGAUUUCUUACGUGCCGAAAGAAGAGGAGUCUUGAGUCAAAAGUUGAAGCAGCGAUUCUACUUUGCUGGGUUGCUGAAUCUCAUCUUUGCCCCGAUUGUCCUCGCAUACGUCAUUAUCGUCUAUUUCUUCACGUAUUACAAUGAGUAUCAAAAAGACCCCAAGCUAGCUGCGGCACGUAAAUACACCGCACUUGCUGAGUGGAAAUUUCGCGAGUUCAACGAGCUUCCUCAUCUCUUUUACGAAAGACUUCAUAUGUCAUUUCCGUUCGCAACCCGAUACAUUGACCAGUUUCCCAAACGCAUGACAGAGGAUAUCGCGAAGAGUAUUGCCUUCAUGUCUGGCGCACUUACAGCCAUUCUUGCAGUUUGCACUUUGCUCGACUCGGAAUUGUUCCUAUCAUUUGAAAUUACAAAAGACCGGACCGCCUUGUUUUACCUGGGAAUAUUUGGAGGAAUCUGGGCCAUCACCCGUGGAAUGGUGUCAGAAGAGACGCAAGUGUUUGAUCCGGAGUAUGCUUUGAGGAACGUUGUUGAGUAUACUCACUAUAUGCCUGAUCACUGGCAGGGAAGACUGCAUAGCUUUGAAGUUAAGCAGGAGUUUUCGGAGCUUUACAAGAUGAAAGUUGUCAUCUUUCUGGAAGAGAUCUUAGGCAUCAUAACUACUCCCCUGUUGCUACUGCUGUCACUACCUAAGUGCAGUGACCAGAUUGUGGAUUUCUUUCGGGAGUUUACGGUACACGUCGAUGGCAUGGGCUACGUCUGCUCGUUUGCCGAAUUCGACUUCAAGAGGGGACCCGGCCAGCCCGUCGCUCGUCAGGGAGUAGCCAAAGAUGUCCGCCAGGAUUAUUAUGCAACAAAACAUGGAAAGAUGGCUGCGUCUUAUUAUGGUUUUCUUGAUAACUAUGUCAUCAACCCGAAGACUGGUAUCCCUGGACACCUGCCUCCAGGGACACAGCAGCCAUUCCACCCUCCCCCUGCGUUUCCCAACCUGAAUUCGCCCACUCUGGCAGCCGAUAUGCAAGGCUCUCAUAUAGAGACAGGAAGAAACAGGAGCCGGACAGCUGGGCUGGGUGCAUUCCCGAGAGGCGGGCAUAGCAUUACGCAACCAUCCCCUAUGGCAUCUAUGUUAUUGGAUGCCCGCCACCAGCCUUCGAUCGCCAAUGUGGCAGGCAGAGGGCCAUAUAAACCGCGUCCGUCACGCGGUACACACCCUCAUCCUGCGGUCCAAAUCCCCGAGGAGCCCUUUGAGGCCGAUGCUGUAGAGGGGCAGGGAGGGGAGAGCUCCGAAGCAGGCGCUAUGCUUGGGGAAUCUAUGUGGCAGACAUCACCGGGCAUCAGUAAGGAAAACAGCAGCAUAGCCCACGCGAAAGAGCCAGAUGUUGGUGUUCUUGGAUUGAUUAAUCAGUUUCGGCAAACACAGCCGCAUCGUCGCGGAGGAGGAGUAAUUUAA